AGACUCAAUAGCCUCUUCCCCUUCUGAAGCCCAUAUCAGGUCUCCCAGACAGCUUGAUGGACCAGGACGGCAUCUCCAAUCAUGGCACACCCCCUGACUCAGUGUGGACACCUCAGAACAUUUCAAUCGGGACCAUUGAGUACAGUCUCAGGAUUGACAGGGCAGUGGAUGACAGGACUGUCGAUGACAGGGCAGUGGAUGACAAUGUGAUUAAUAGUGAGUCUGACUAUGACACACGUGUCUUAUUCUUGCUCUCGAAGGAUCCAACAACAGAAGCCAAACGGAUUAGUGAACAGGGGCCCCUGAGCCUGUCAGAAAUGGGCCAGCGCGAAAUCGAGCUGCCCUCUGUCACUGUUGGGAGCUUAACACGCAAGAUCAGGCCCACGACACCAGAGGUUAUCUACAUAUCCACGGAGGAGGAAGAAAGUGACACUUCUAAUGAGUUGUGGUUGGACGCGUGCCAAUACUUGGCAGAUGAGGAGAAUGAGGGGGCUAUUUUAGACAAGUGUGGACAUUCUCUGGACGUGGGCAGGACUUGGCCAAGAUUCUCUGCCGACAACACAAAGGUGUCAGAUUUCACCUGUGGAGCGGACACUGUCAUUGGUCAGAUUGGCAGUGACUUGGACCACUUGAGGCCACCGGUUGAGAGGUGGCUGUCUGCAGACAGCUGGUCAAGCGCACUUUCAGACUGGGCGGUCGAAGAACAAGUCCCCGAGGACUUCAUUGCAGCCUUCACGCCAACACAAACAGCCACUCAGGGACAUCCACAGUUGCCCAUGGCCAUCCAGGACCAGAUGUUGGAGCCCGGCCCCAGCACAGAGAGCCCCAUCCUCACUGGGCAACACUGUUUCAGCACCACCAGCCCUACCAUCCCAGGCAAACUACCUAAGGAAGCCCAGUUCCAGGUCAGAGACAGAGAAGACAACCAGACAGCCAAGUUGAAACCGAGUCGAGUGGAAACACCAUCAGUGAAAGGAGAUGAGGAGCCCAGAGAGAGCCAAGCCACCCAAGAUGACAGCUUUGACUGCCCUGCAGACACACUCUGUGGCACACGGGGCUCUGAACAAUAUCUUUUCUGUGAGGGCGCACCAUCAGACAGAGUUUUUACAGGGAAUUAUGAAGCUGGUGUGGAAAUGGACACUCUCUUAUUGUCCUCUGAAGAAGACAGUGAGUGUCAAUAUACCUUCCUGGAGGGUGACUAUACCUUUGUGAAGAAGGAUAAAACAGAGAGUAGUACAGAAGUACUGAGGAAGGAGACAGAGGAAGGUGUCGUGACGCAGCUGGCUUCGCUGGUGGAGGAGAGAGGUGCAGGGAGUUAUGGGUCAGCAAUAAGCCUCUCACAUUUCCCAUGUCAAGAGGCGACCAAGGUUGAGUGUGUGUGUGGCAAAGCAGCCGAACAGUUGACGGAGCUUCACAUCUCCACACACACCCAGAGGAACACUCUUGUAACCACGGACUUGCAAGGAAAGGGCACGCACGUGUCCUUAAACACAUCGUCCCUCCAGGAGGGGAACAAGGAAGGAACAUGGGGGAGUCCACAUUUUAUGAUUCCAUUAGCUCCUCUCAGUGUUGGCUCCACUCAUAGGUCAAACAGUGCUUUGGGAGGAGAACCAGCCUGUGCCAAGAGUUCUUUCAAUGGUGCCAAAGGCCAGACGUGUCACUGUACACAACCUAGCGAACUCUGGCUAUCAUUUAGAGGAAAUACUGACAAGCCAAAUUUGGACAAUCAUGUUAAAAACUUGUCAGGUGGGCAUCGUGGACAGUUGACGUUUGGCUCCACUUGGAGUCUGAAUGAAGAUUCUCUCACGUACUCUGGUGAAAAGGAGGAGUAUUACUUCAAUGACAAGACAACAAAUGCACAGGAUCUCAAGGAACUUGGCAAAGAACUAUCCAAUCUGAUCAUACUAACCAGUGAUAAACUUGUGGUUUCUGAGGAAGACCGAGUUGCCUGUGUCACACUGGAUCUCCAGGACUCCUUGACCUCCAGUUUUAAACCUGUUUUCAAAUCUGUUAUGGCGGGCAACGGACACUGCAUUAUGGAUCAGAAAAUGGGCCAGAAGAUGCCUCACAAAUCGGCCAAGAACACUUCAGAGAUGAAAACACGCUCCAAGAAGGAUUUGUGUCACCAAUUAGCUCCGCAGGCUUCAAAGAAGCAGAUUAUUGGACCGAACCAAAUAUCCUCAAAGCAGCAGGAGAAUAUGGGAGCCAAUGAGAACCAGGACGACAGUUUGGUGACUGUCAUAGAGACAGGUGUCAUCACAGAGAAAGUUGCAAAAGCCCAUGGUAAGAAAAAGAAAAAACACUCACAAAAUGCAGCGGUGAAAAGCGAGGCUGAGCCAUUGGUGGAGGUAGAGAACGGAGCUAAACAGAAAAUAGCAAAAGGUAAAAAUUACAUCACUGAGGCCAAAGCGUCUGCCGUGAGUGGGCAAAGUAACCCAACAUCAGCUUGUCAGAAAGACAACAGUGAAACAGCUUACCCUGAAAGACAGCCACAGCAACCUGCUGUCAAAUAUGCAUCUGAGGGGGUCACUAACAAAGUGGUCUCUGUAGGGGAACCUCUCUCUGUGACCCCUAAGGUACCCCAGAAUAUUGUCUUAUUGGGCCAGCGGAGUGAUGAUGUCAUCAAACGGCGACGUGUUUCUGAGCUGAAGUUGGGUAAGCACGCGGUGGAAUCCAAAGCACAGCAGUCAGCAGAGUGUUCUGUCCAAGCGAGAGGAGAGGAGACCAAGGCACCUGUGGAAACAGCUCGGAAAAAAGCCUACAGUGAAGUGGUCAAGAAGAACGUUCACAGAAACAUAGAAGUGCCCAGAGUGGUACAGCCCAUCCAGGCAGGACCCGUGGAUGAAGACCCUCAGAGCCUCUGUCUGUGGUGCCAGUUCUCUGCUGUGUUCACAGACCACACAGUCACAUGGACCAGAGACGGUGCUGCCCUGGCUGUGGUCCAUAGAAGUGCAGGAGAUGAGAGUCGAGUGUCCGUCGCUCUCUCCAAGGCCUCUAACAAGGACCUGGGAAGGUACCAGUGCUGCCUCAGAUGUCCUGAUGGCUCCGUCUCCCUGGACUAUCUCCUCACUUAUGAAGUGCUCAGUGAGAUAAUCAUCCCCCCUCAGAGAAAUAUCCCAGCUGCCCCUGCAGAGGUGGAGGAGGAGGAAGAGGAUAUUAAGUGCUCCAGACUGCUGUUUCACAAGGACUUCCUGUGUGACCAGCACUUUGCUGAGGACCAGUCUGCUAGCGUUGUGACGGAGAAGGUCCACUUUGGCGAGGGCAUGCACCGCCGUGCCUUUCGCACCAAGAUGCAGGCUGGCAUGGUCUCUGUAUUUAUGCCUGGGCACCCCUGCGUGCUGAAGGUCCACAACGCCAUCAGCUACGGGACCAAGAACAAUGAGGAGCUGAUUCAGAGGAACUACAACCUGGCCGUCGAGGAGUGCCACGUCCAGAACACAGCCAGAGAGUACAUCAAGGCCUACACAGUUGUGGCCCAGUCCAAGGAGUCCUUUGGUGAUGUUCCAGAGAUUAUUCCCAUCUACCUGGUCCACCGGCCAUCCAAUGACAUCCCGUAUGCCACCCUGGAGGAGGAGCUACGGGGAGACUUUGUCAAGUACUCAGUGAGGGACGGGAAGGAGAUCAACCUCAUGAGACGCGACUCAGAGGCUGGGCAGAAGUGCUGCACUUUCCAGCACUGGGUUUACCACAAGACUGAAGGAAACCUGCUGGUCACCGACAUGCAAGGAGUUGGAAUGAGACUGACAGAUGUGGGAAUCGCAACCUGUAAGAAAGGAUACAGAGGUUUCCGUGGUAACUGUGCCACAUCCUUCAUCGACCAGUUCAAAGUCUUGCACCUGUGCAACAAGUACUGUGAGCUGUUGGGACUCAAAUCUCUACAGCCUAAACCCAAGAAGGUGGUCUCUGCCCCUAAACCUAAAGCACACCCUGCCCCUAAAAAAAAGACAUUUGGACCCACUGUCAAGGGCAAGCUCUGAUAGGUCGAUGCCCUCAGAUCACAGGCAUUAGCUGGCUGUCGGAGAUGGCAGAGUCAAGGUUGCGCCACAUGCUGUUAGGGCUUUGAUCUGGGUUUGGGGCCUAAACUGUGGAGAAAUCUGUAAUUCGUUCAGAUUAACAGGUGUAUUUCUUGUAUUUCAGCAGUUUGGGGACUGGAUAAACGUCUUACAUUUUAUUGGACUUCACAUUAACUAUUUGUCUCUUUUAAAAUGUUAUCUUGUUGCAUCUGAGUUUUUUGUACUUUGAAGGCACAUCUGAACAUUUUUAUUGAUUUAACAUGUGUCAUAUGAAUACAUACAGCAGUUUGUGAAAUAAAAAAAUGUAAGCAGAAAGAUGAUUCUGCUACAGUUGAAAGGUGAAAAUAUUGUACGUAGAAGUUGGACUGAGUGUUGGUUUUGUUCCAAGGCAAUGAGACAUUGUGGUCUCCGAAACUACAGUAUCUAUGUAUAUUUUCUAGUGUGUAAUACAAUUUGUUCAUUUAGUAAAUACUUUUGUCUAAUU